UCUGCAUAUUUCCUCGUCAUCUUAGCUCAAUCCUCGAGUCAGUGUUGGCGUAAUCCGGUGACAUCAUGUCCGGCGCUCAGAACCCUCCUGCCAAUGGGUCGAAUGGACCAGGAGGCCCCGCUCAAGCCAACAACGCUCAGCAGCAGCAGCAGCAACAGCUACAGCUGCAGCAACAACAGAUGCAGCAACUGCAGCAACAAGCUCAACUCGAGGCCAAACCUCUAUCCGCCAACGAGCAGGCUCUCCAACUUCUCGAACGGAAUGGUCAUAGGAAAGGAGCAGAUACGCUCAAGGCGUCCAUCAUACAGCAGAAGAUGGCCGAGCGGGCAGAUUAUGAAGCAACAGCAGCAGCAGCAGCAGGACAGCCGUCUCAAGCACCACCACAGCCUCAAAACGUCAAGAAGGAACUUCCUCAGACGCAGCAGCAGCAACAACAACAGCAAGCUCAAGCUCAAAGUCAAGCUCAAGCUCAAUCGAUUCGAACACAUCCCUUACCAGACAACGCUUCGCUCGACGAGAUGCUCAAACGCAACAUCCCCCAAGCGUUCUCGGCGAGCUCUUCCACCGUCAGCUACAACAUCACCCCCGAAUUUAUGCAGCAGGCCGAGAACGUCGUGGCCAUGCAUCUGGAAAAGGUUCAGCGGAAUCAGAGCAACGCGGCCGGUGCGGGCAAGUCGGAGAUCAUCCUUUUGGACUCGACGGAACGGUCAAGAGGUUAUACGAAACUGAGAGAAUGGGUCGAAUCGGGGUUAGAAGGCUGGAAGCCCGAGCUACGGGAAGUCUUGUUCCCCGUCUUCGUGCAUACAUUCCUCGACCUGGUAGAGACUGCCCGGGAUGCCGCUCGGAAAUUCUUUCUUGACCAGGCGGAACAUCACCUGGUCCUACAUCGACCAGAACUGGAGCUGCUAAAAAACAUCAGCUCACCCGCACACGCUUUAAUCAACCCGUUCGUGCUUCGACUUCGUAAGGAACGGUAUACGGUCAACUUGUCCAGGUCGGCGUUCGGCCUGUUAUUGGGGUGGUUGUCAGACAUCGGGCUAGAGUCGUUAUGGGACGUCACGAAAGAUACCGGGCGAUACAAGGAGGCAGUGAGGCAUAUCAUCCAUACGAGAUUGCAGCUACAGAUUACGGAGAGCUCGACCCCGUUGCCUCUGCUCGAGACAAUCUCCAAGAACGGACUCGUCGGUGGAAUUGUUGACGGACCGAGAGGCGUCGAAGCUUUCAACUCGAGUGGACCCGUCAAGCUCGGUCUUCCGGCGCCUGGACCGUCAUUGGCAAAACAUACCGAGAUGGAGGUGGACAAGCUCAAAAAGGAUAACAAGCAGGAAAAGGAAGCGCCCGAGCGGGCCUUGGGAGAUGGCGAUGGUGAUGUCGAGAUGAAGGAUCAACCGACGACGACGGAAGAAGACGCGGACGAGGGUGGGGAAAAGUCAGCGGCAGUUCCUAACGGGGACACCAACAAGGACAAGGACGAGCUUCUCGUCACUGCCCUCGAACCGAUCGGACGUGGAGAAGUGCUGGGGUUCGGGUCUGCGGGGAACUUUGCUAGUAUUGAUCUGGCAAAAGAGGUCAAGGCGGUUACGGAUGCGAGAAAGAGGAUCAAGUUGGGUGACAAGGCGAUGGUCGCCGGGGCAACGGGGAGUUAUGUGCGGCAACCUAGUUUACCGAGCGCCUGUUGCUACACUGUGUUUGACGGGGGCGAGGGGACGACGGCGACGGCGAUAUCGGAAGACGCGUCAUACUUGGCUGCUGGUUCUGCCGAGAGCGUGAUCCGGUUAUGGUCGUUGAAGGGGGAAACCUUGAAGACGCGGGAAUAUGGAUACGCUACCAAGAUCGCACAGGGUGGAGAACCGACACCUAGCAGUGAUCCAGGUACACCCGUACGAAAGCUCGUCGGUCAUUCAGGACCGGUAUAUUCCUUGGCCUUUGAUCCUAUUGCCGGGUCUGCAUACGCUCCGUCACAUCUGUUAUCGUCAUCACAGGACGGCACGGUCCGUCUUUGGUCGACAGAUACCUUCAAGAAUCUGGCUGUAUACAAGGGUCACGCGGAUCCGGUGUGGGCUGUCGAGUGGGGACCGUACGGAGCCCAGUUUGCGACAGCGAGCAGGGAUCGAACGGCAAGGCUAUGGAUCACAGAUCGUGUUGCCCCCGUACGAAUGUUUGCCGGUCACUUAUCAGAUGUAGACUGUUUGAAGUUCCACCCGAAUUCCCUGUACCUUGCAACCGGAUCCUCUGACAAGACUUGUCGAUUAUGGGAUAUCCAGCGUGGGGAGUGCGUGAGGGUCUUUAUGGGCCACGACGAAGCGGUCAACUGCCUCGCCAUCAGUCCUGAUGGUCGAUAUUUGGCCAGUGCUGGACAAGACAAGACUAUCAAGCUGUGGGACUUGUUCUACGGCCGGAUGAUCAAGUCGAUGACGGGCCACACGCAGCCCAUCCAUUCGCUCUCCUUCAGCGCCGAAUCGUCGGUGAUCAUUAGCGGAAGUUCGGAUUGCACCGUACGGGUUUGGGAUGCGAAGACGAUGGGAGGCAAAAAGACGGGACCGGGAAUACAUGACACCACCCAGACAUCGGAUCUACUAACGACAUAUCACACGAAGAGAACGCCAAUCACGACCACCCACUUUACCCCUCGAAACCUGUGCCUCGUAGCGGGCACUUUUACCGAAGAGCAGACAUAAACCGGAUCAAGCCGGAAAUAGAAAGUGGCUACCAAGGGGACUCAUCCAAACAAACAGUUGUAUUCAGCCUCAUGCAUAGAGGAUCCUUAUGCGCAUAUAGACCACAUACUGGUACCAUGAACAGCAG